AUGGCGCAAGCGAUGGCGAACGGCGAAGGCCACACUUCUGCUGGCAAGCUAACAGGCAGAGCAUUCUAUGAGAGCAUCGGUAGCCCCAGGAUGGUCGUCGCGCCUAUGGUCGAUCGCUCAGAGUUCGCAUGGAGACUCCUCACGCGGUCCUACCUUGAUGAAGAGCGAUCAAAAUCACUGCUGGCUUAUUCGCCAAUGAUUCAUGCUCGUCUCUUUGCAGACAACCCCAAGUUCAGAGAUCAAUUCUUUCAGCCUACGAGAGAAGGAUUGGCUUCAAAGGAGAAAUCUUCUGCGGCUGCAUGGCUCGAUGGGAACCCAGUGAUCGAUAGACCUUUGUUCGUGCAGUUCUGUGCGAAUAAACCUGAUGAGUUGCUAGAUGCAGCGCAGUAUGUGGCUCCGUAUUGCGACGCGGUGGACUUGAACUUGGGAUGUCCCCAAGGGAUCGCAAGGGCUGGCCAUUAUGGCGCCUUCUUGCAGGAGGAUUGGGAUACGAUUUACAAAUUGAUCAACAAGCUACACCAUGAACUACGAGUCCCUGUGACUGCGAAGAUGAGGGUUCUGGAAACGCGGGAGAAGACGUUGGACUACGCAAAAAUGAUUCUUUCUGCAGGGGCAAGCAUUCUCACUGUUCACGGGCGGCGGAGAGAGCAGAAGGGACAUAAUACCGGCGUAGCAGACUGGAAGAUGAUACGAUAUCUGAGAGACAACCUGCCACCAGAAACAGUCCUCUUUGCCAAUGGAAACAUCUUGAACUCGAGCGAUCUAGAAACCUGCCUUGCUGCAACAGGAGCUGAUGGUAUCAUGAGCGCAGAAGGAAACCUGUCAGAUCCAACCAUCUUCGCCAAACCACCCACAGAGUACAAUCCCAGGGAGUACUGGUACGGGCCAGAGGAAGAUGGUAGAAAUGGCUAUCGGAUUGACGCAGUGUUUCGCAGGUAUCUGGAUAUCAUCUACAAAUACAGUCUUGAAAAAGAUCCACCCAACCGUCCACCGUUGUACAUCACCAGCGAUUCUACCAAGCCUGAUUUUUCGCAUCGCCUCCCUCCACAGGAUGGUUCUGACCAAGAAGGCCAACCAAAGAAAACCAAGAAACGAAAAGGGGAAGCCAAUUCCCGGUUGCACAAUGACCCAAGUAUCAAAUACAUGCAGGGCCACCUCUUCCAGUUGCUGAGACCUAUGCUGUCGAUUCAUACUGACAUUCGAGAUGCUCUGGCAAAGACUAGGUUGGGGGAUUUCGAUUCUUUCGAGCGCAUUCUGGCCAUGGUGGAGCAGGCGAUAGCGCAAGGGAUGGAUGACUACAGCUCCCACCAGCAGCAGCGUCAUCGUCAUUCUGUGCCAGACUCUUCGCCGGCUGGGCAGUUGCCUGCUCCUGCGGCUGUUGCCUUUGGGUCCGAACUGACAGCAACGGAAAAGGUAAUCGCCGCCUACAAGCGCCCUUGGUGGGUCUGCCAACCGCACAUCAGGCCAUUACCCGAAGACGCCAUUAGAAUUGGAGCAUUGACACUCACCAAGAAGAAAAAGGAAAAGAGCAAGGAGAUCUCACAAGUAACAGUAGAAACCUCUGAGUUUGAUGUGAAAGCCAUCCAGAGAACUGACGAACCUGAUGCUGAUGACAAUCGCCAACAGCGACGUCCUAGUAUCAACGGCGAGUCGAAUCCGAGCUCGGCCUUUUCAACGUCGACGGAAGUCCCAAAAGCCCCAUUGGUCUGUGGCUAG